AUGUCUUCUUCUAUAUUCUCUAUAGAUUUCUUUCGCUUCCCUUCGAUCAUCUUCAGCAUGUCGGUGGUUCAAAAAGAAGUGAAGAUUUUUUCGGCGAACCCUCAAUCUUCCAUUUUGGAUCCUGGAGCCCUAAUUUGUGCAUCAACAGACAACACGUUAAAGCUUUGGGACCUCAAUAAACCAGCCAAAUUUGUUUGUUCAUCAACCACAACCAGCAGUUGCAUGUUAACCUUUAAAGGUCAUACUAAUGAGAAGAACUUCGUUGGUUUAUCUGUUGCUGAUGGAUUCAUUACAUGUGGUUCAGAAACUAAUGAGGUGUUUUCUUAUUAUCGACCAUUGCCUAUACCUAUCACUUCCCACAAGUUUUGGUCUAUUGAUCCUAUUUCUGGAAAAGAUACUGAAAACGAAAGCAAUCAGUUUGUUUCAAGCGUCUGUUGGAGACAAAAAUCAGACAUGGUGGUUGCUUAUAGUUUUUACUAG